UAGAAAUCGAAGAUCUGUAAUGGUACUCCAAAAAAUAAAUUGUUGUUUUUAAUUUAUUUACACAAAAUAUACAAGUUUAAUUCACAAAAUGGGGACGCAGAAACCGGGAGAAUGGGCGAAUUCGCUAAUUGCCCGUUUCGAAGAGCAGCUCCCAUACAAGACAGGCGCUCAGAACCUUCACUCCCGCAUCAACGAGGAGCAGUGCAAAGCCUGCCUCGUCCAGAUCAGCAAGCAUCGCUUCUCUCUAGUCAUAUCCGGCCUCACUAAGAUACUACAGCGGGUUAAUGAGCUGUACCAGCCCACAAUAUCAAUGGGCUCGAAUCGUCCCCAGACAGAGCAAGAGAAGGGCUACCACGACAGCCUGGUGAUAGUACUGGACACGUUGGAGAUCUGCCUCAGCUCACAGCCCAAGGAUACCGCCAAAUAUGAUGAGGCUAUGAAUGUUAAGAUACUACUUAGAGAAGUCUGCCAGUUUAUAUUUUCAAUAUACUACUACACGGACAUGCGCAAUGAGAGCACGGUGAACAACACGUUGCUGCGUCAGCUGGCCAGCAAGGUGCUGUUCGCGCUCAGCCUCAACUUCUUCAACGCUGUGUUCAAUCGGAUCAGUGCACGGUUACAGGAACUAUCAUCAAGUUCAGAAGAAAACCCCGACUUUACAGACAUAGAAUUAAUUCAACACGUGAACCUCGAUAUAUUGAGGCUCAUACGGUUACUAACAGUUGUUACAGAAUCCAUACAGAAAUACAAGCUUUUAAAGAAGAAUGCCCAUGUGGUGCUCACCUCGUCGCUCGAGAAAGCUAUAUGGAAUUGGAUGGAUACUUAUCCACAGGAAUUUGCAGAGAACCAAUGUCGGCCUAACGAUGAGUUGAGCAAGUGUUGCGAUUUGUUAUUUGAUCUGUUGCAAGACAGUUUCUCAGAUAAUAAGAAGUCUAGGGUCACUGUGUGGCCGCUACAGAUCAUGCUUCUCUUAUUGAACCCUAAAGUUCUAGAAGAAAUAGUGAAUGCGGACAGCGGAGCCCCGUGCAGUCCGCGACACACGAAGAAGAAAUUAUUCAUAGAUUGUGUCAAACGAGGACUCAGUCCAUCGAACAAUUCUAAGCAGAUGACGGAAGCUGCGGUAGUGACGUGCGUCAAGUUAUGCAAGGCGUCCACCUACCUCAAUAUUGCCGACUCCGGGAACGUUACGUUCAAACUUGUCAAGUCCGUUAUUAAUGAUCUUAAGUCUCUCCUAUUCAACCCCGCGAAGUCCUACAUCCGUGGCAACCUGGUGUCAGGGUACUCGGAGAUCGACCUGAUGACGGACUGCUUCGUGUCCCUGUUCCGCAUCAUGCCUCACAACAAUGACGCCCUCAAAGUCUGCCUCAACCUCACCACGCAUAUAUCCUACCAUUACGUCAUCAUCAAUUCUUUGUUGAGGAUAAUAAAGCAGCCCCGGCUGCCGUGGUGGCCCCAGAUAGAGUUGUUGUACCCGCGCGCCGCGGAGCUACGCGCCAUGUUCACUGAUACCUCCAAUAAGGCUACGCAGGGCUACGUAGUCCACACCCCUCUAAGGAUGAUAUCACUCUCCCUGAAGUCCAAAGAGGUCCAGUCGAAGUUCAACAAGAGUGAGGAGAUGCCCGCGUACCGACAUCUGUUGCUGUGCAUCGUCAAACUCAUACAUGCUGAUCCCAUGUUGUGGCUUAGUAAUCCUGGUCGUUCAAGCAUAGAGAUCCAGUCGUCGACGACGGAGCUGAUGAAUGGCCUGGUCUCGUUGGUCCACCAGACAGGUAUGGGGGAGAUCUCCCAGGCGGCCAUGGAUGCUAUACUGGCCCUGCACAGGCCUGACAGGGUCCAUAUGUGGAAUCCGGAGGCUCCUUUGAAUACCUUCUGGGAUAUUAGCUCGCAAGUCCUAUACAAUAUAAGCCAGAAGCUGAUCCAACGCCAGAUCUGCAACUACCGCGAGGUGCUGCGAUGGUUGCGGGACAUACUGACGUGCCGCAACGAGUUCCUCGCCAAACACAAGGAGUACGCCAACGUGGGAUCGCAGAUACCUAUCUCGAAACAGGCGCAUAUUAAAUUGGAGGUAGUGUUCUUCAUGUGCCUAUGGUCGAUCGACACGGACGUGGUGCUGGUGGCCAUGUCGUGCUUCGCCCUGCUGUGCCAGGAGGCCGACAUCCGCUGCGGCUCCGACGAGAUCACCACCCAGUGCCUGCUGCCCAACUACGCCGUCUUCCAGGAGAUCGCGCAUACCUCCACUGUUUUGACUACCGCGGCCAGUCAGGAUAUGGGUAGAGGAUGUUAUUACAAAAAUAUACACAGUUCAGCUGCACUGCAGAAGCGUAUAAUGGCGUUGCUACGGAAGAUAGAGCAUUGCGUCAACGGGGUGCAACCCGUGUGGGAGGAGACGUUCCGUUGUUGGGAUUCCCUCUGCAAGUUGCUCCAGAAGUACCCCAAAGGCCAGGGGGACAAGGUGGACGACUGCCAGAUGGAGGCAAUACACAGAGCCGUUGCUAAGCGACGGGUCUCCCACCACACCAGCAGUGAACAUGACUUCGAGAUGCAAAUCCAAGAGUGGGCGAACAUAACGUCGUUCCUAUGUGCCCUGGGCGGAGUCUGUCUACAACGCAGGCCCACUACUUCAUGGUCGCAUCUACACGGACAUGCAGAUUCAAGAAAAUACAACGUUUUAGCGAACAGUUCCCAGGAAGUCCAAUAUUGUCCUGUUACUCAAUUCAUAGGCCAACUACUCCGUCUCCUGCUAUGCAGCAACGAGCGCUUCGGUCAGCAAAUACAGACGCAUGUCAAGGAGCUGGUGGGACACGAGAUGUCUCCCGCUCUAUACCCGAUACUCUUCGACCAGAUCAAAGCUAUCAUUGACAAGUUCUUCGAUCAACAACAGCAGGUAAUGCUGACGGAUAUAAACACACAAUUCGUGGAGCAUACGAUAUUUAUAAUGAAGAGUAUACUGGACAUCAAGAAGAGUGGCCAGCCCAACGAACACCUCAGCACCACCUCCAUCGAGACACUGAUGCUCUCCAUCGUCAGAUACGUGCGCCACCUAGACAUGACGGUGUUGUCUGUGCACAUUAAGACGAAACUCUGCCAAGUGGUCGAGGCAAUGAUGAGGAGGAGAGAUGAUCUAGCCUUUAGACAGGAGAUGAAGUUCCGCAACAAGAUGGUGGAGUACGUGACGGACUGGGUUCUGGGCACGAGCCACCAGAUCGCGCCGCCACUGCGGGCCGACGCCUCUUCCAUCACCAGAUACCUGGUCUGCUGCAGAGAACUGGACCAGGCGUGUAUGGAAGCAGUGGCUUCGUUGCUGAAGGGUCUACCUCUUCAGCCCGAGGAGUCGGAUCGAGGGGAUCUCAUGGAGGCCAAGAGUCAACUGUUUCUUAAAUAUUUUACUCUGUUCAUGAAUCUCCUGAACGACUGCAACGAGGUGGAGAUGGCCGAGGGUCCGGGUCGGCUGGAGACGCUCCGCAACGCGACCAUACAGGCCAUGUCCAACCUGCUCAGUGCCAACAUCGACUCCGGACUAAUGCAUAGUAUUGAUUUGGGCUACCACCGCGACUUGCAGACUCGAGCGGCGUUCAUGGAAGUGUUGACAAAGAUACUGCAGCAAGGGACGGAGUUCGAUACCCUGGCCGAGACAGUGCUCGCCGACAGAUUCGAACAGCUGGUCCAGCUAGUCACCAUGAUAUCUGAUAAGGCUGUCUCCCACCACACCCAGGGCGAGCUCCCGAUAGCCAUGGCUCUGGCCAACGUGGUCAGUACCUCGCAGAUGGAUGAACUGGCUCGAGUCUUCGUCACGCUGUUUGAUGCCAAACAUCUGCUAGCACCCUUGUUAUGGAAUAUAUUUUAUAGGGAGGUUGAGGUAUCAGACUGCAUGCAAACCCUAUUCCGGGGCAACUCCCUAGGCAGCAAGAUCAUGGCAUUCUGCUUCAAGAUAUAUGGGUACGGCUACCUGCAGAACCUGCUGGAGCCACUCAUCACGGCACUCCUCGACCAGGCUGAUGAGAGGGGGGAUAUCAGCUUCGAAGUGGAUCCUGCUAGACUAGACCCAAAUCAAGACAUAGAGAUGAACAGGUCGAACCUGAUAGACCUCACCAAGGAGGUCUUCGACAGGAUAGUGGGGUCGGCAGAGAAGUUCCCCCCACAACUACGGAGCAUGUGUCACUGUUUGUAUCAGGUACUCAGCAAGAGGUUCGCCCAGUUCCCUCAGACGAGCGUGGGUGCAGUGGGCACCGUGCUGUUCCUGAGGUUCAUCAACCCUGCCAUUGUGUCCCCCCAAGAGAUGGGUAUAGUGAACCGGCCCGUCCCCCCUCACGUGAAGCGCGGCCUGAUGCUGAUGUCGAAGAUCCUGCAGAACAUCGCCAACCACGUGGAGUUCUCCAAAGAACAACACAUGCUACCAUUCAACCACUUCCUCAGGGCGCACUUUGAGGCCGGCCGCAAGUUUUUCAUCCAAAUCGCAUCGGAUUGCGAGUCCGUAGACCAGACGUCGCACAAUCUAUCGUUCAUUAGCGACGCGAACGUCGUCGCCUUGCAUCGACUGCUGUGGAACCACCAGGAGAGGAUCGGAGACUAUCUGUCGUGCAGCCGGGACCACAAGGCCGUUGGGAGACGGCCUUUUGACAAGAUGGCGACACUACUGGCUUACUUGGGACCGCCAGAACAUAAGCCAAUUGAAUCUCUCUCCUCCAGCACAUCGAGCCUCCUGUUCUCAUCGUACGCGCGCUGGUCAUCCAUUGAUAUUUCCUCAACGAACUUCGAAGAGUUCAUAGUCAAGCAUAACAUGCAUAAAAAGGAAGAGUUUAAAAGUAUUAAGAGCUUGAACAUAUUUUACCAAGCUGGGACUAGUAAGCUUGGGAAUCCAGUGUUCUAUUUUAUAUCGAGGAGAUAUAAAAUAGGCGAGGUAAACGCGGACCUCCUGAUCUACCACGUGAUCCUGACCCUGAAGCCGUUCUGCCAGCAGCCCUUCGAGCUGAUCGUGGACUUCACGCACACCAACUCUGACAACAGGUUCAGGACGGAUUUCCUUCAGAAAUGGUUUACAGUGCUGCCCGAGGUGGCGUACAUCAACAUUCAUGCGUGCUACAUAUACAAUUGUAACAGCUGGGUGCGCGAGUACACCAAGUUCCAUGAAGCUAUACUCGCGCCUUUGAGGGGUAACCGCAAGCUAGUAUUCAUAGACAAUCACAGCAGAUUGUCAGAAUACGUAGAGGUGGAACAACAGAAGUUGCCGGGCGCCACUCUAGCGCUGGAAGAAGACCUGAAAGUAUUUAACAACGCCCUGAAAUUGUCACAUAAGGAUACUAAAGUAGCUAUUAAGGUUGGACCCACAGCGUUACAAAUUACUUCAGUAGAGAAGACCAAAGUACUCGGUCUACCCGUCCUGCUCAACGACGUCUACUACGCUUCGGAGAUAGACGAGGUGUGCCUCGUGGAUGACAACCAGUUCUCUCUCUCGAUCAUCAACGAGUCCACGCCGCUCAGCUUCAUCCACAACGACUGCGACAACAUCGUGCAGUCCAUCAUACAUAUUAGGAACCGGUGGGAGCUCAGUCAGCCUGAUUCAGUGACGGUCCACCAGAAGAUCCGUCCGAAGGACGUGCCGGGCACGCUGCUGAACAUGGCGCUGCUGAACCUGGGCUCGUGCGACCCCAACCUGCGCACGGCCGCCUACAACCAGCUCUGUGCCCUCACCGCCACCUUCCAUCUCAAGAUCGAGGGGCAGCUGCUGGAGACUUCUGGCCUAUGCAUUCCGUCCAACAACACGAUAUUCAUAAAGUCGGUGAGCGAGAAACUGGCGCACAACGAACCACACCUCACUCUUGAGUUCCUAGAAGAGUGUAUUCAGGGUUUCCGAGGAUCCACGAUAGAACUCAAGCAUUUGUGCUUAGAGUACAUGACGCCCUGGCUAGCCAACUUAGUCAGAUUCUGCAAACCAUCAGAAGAAUCGCGACGGCAGAAGCAAGUGGCGCAAAUAUUAGAGAAGUUAAUCACCCUGACUAUAGAGGAGACGGAGAUGUAUCCGUCGGUGCAGGCCAAGAUCUGGGGCUCCAUCGGACAGGUGCCCGAGCUCAUCGACAUGGUGCUGGACAGCUUCAUCCAACGGAGCGUCAAUUCUGGCCUUGGAUCCCCGAUGAUAGAAAUAAUGGCUGACACCGCCGUAGCCCUGGCCUCAGCUAAUGUCCAGCUAGUCUCCAAGAAAGUCAUCGGUCGCAUGUGCAGGGCCCUAUCCAAACUGCCCAAUAAUAUCCUGGGUCCUGUCACCCCGGCCACUGUGGUAGACAAAACCUGCCACUCGCCCACCGCCAUGCUGGAGCAACACAUGAUGUGGGAUGACAUCGCUAUACUCGCGAGGUAUUUGCUAAUGUUGUCAUUCAACAACUGCCUGGACGUGGCGCGCCACUUGCCCUACCUGUUCCAUACAGUGACGUUCCUCGUGUGCUCGGGUACGGUCUCCAUGCGGGCCGCCACCCAUGGCCUGGUCAUCAACAUCAUACACUCGCUAUGUACUUGCACUACGCCAAGCUUUUCAGAGGAUACCCAACGCGUCCUAAGGCUGUCCUUGGACGAAUUUGCCCUGCCGAAGUUCUACCAGAUGUUUGGCAUCUCGAAGGUCAAGUCGGCUGCCGUCACCGCCUUCCGCAGCCCUUACAACAGGCAUACUAAUGAUUGGUACUCUGAACACUCCUACGCAACAUGCUCAGAGUCCACUAGUACGGGUACCUGCGCGGGCGCAACGCAUACAGACCGCGAGCGACUGCCGCUACAAUCUCUCGAGAUCAUCACUGAUGCUCUACUCGAGAUUAUGGAGGCGUGCAUGCGGGACAUACCGGACUGUGAUUGGCUGCAGACUUGGACGUCUCUGGCUAAAAGCUUCGCGUUCUGCUUCAACCCAGCUCUACAACCGAGGGCUUUGAUAGUCUUCGGGUGUAUUAGUAAAAACGUAACAGACGACGAUAUGAAACAGCUACUCCGUAUACUAGUGAAGGCGCUUGAGUCAUUCAAUGACCUCGCGUUAUUGGAGGCUCUGAUCAUGGCACUGACUAGGCUACAACCUCUGCUGUACCCGGCGUCUCCAAUCCACAAGGCGCUAUUCUGGGUGGCACUAUCAGUUCUACAACUGGACGAGCCGACGCUAUACGCCGCUGGACUUGCCUUCAUGGAACAAAAUCUACACACGCUGGAGUCUCAGGGACAGUUCCAGAGUAAGACGCUGGAACAGGUGAUGAUGGAAACCAGAGAGCCUCUGGAGUGGCAUUUCAAGCAGAUGGACCAUGCUGUGGGACUCAGUUUCCGGUCGAACUUCCACUUCGCGCUGGUGGGCCACCUGAUCAAGGGCUACCGGCACCCGGCCGCCGCCACGGUCUCUCGCACCUGCCGCGUCCUCGUCAAGCUACUGGCACUCGUCGCCAGCCCCCACACCCACCGCGACAAGUUCCACGUCACCCCGCACACCGUCGCCUACCUCACUGCGUUAGUGUGUGUGAGUGAGGAGGUCCGGUCUCGGUGCCACGUGAAGCACUCCCUACCGAAGUGGCUCCCCGACAACUGCGACCACUACUGUCCUACCGCUGAGUUGCACCAGUCGUCGAUCCUGAUCCAGCCGUCGUCGUCGCACAGUUCGUGCCACAGUCGGCGCCAGAAGUCGUGGGACGUCCUCGACCAGGCCGCCAUCUCCUCCGCGCAUGGAGGUAAAUCUCCCACUUUACAAUCGUCGAGCAGUGGAGGCCACAGUCCGCACCUCGUCACUGUUCCCCAUCAGACAUCAGCUAGAAUGCUUUUUAAAACGCAGAGGUCGUUCUCUGUGCCUACUUCUAAAGACACGAUCGGCCCUCCAAGAGACAGCGAAGGCAGAGCACAUAGCAUGCAGCACGGUCCUACUGGAGAGUCGGCGAGGGAGCAAGGAGAUGGUGAUAGCGGGUUUGAUAUGGUCGAGGACGAUGGCCGCGGCUCUCCCGGCAGCACUGAGGACACGGAGCGACCGUCGUCCACUAAAUCCGGAGACAGCGACUACCCUGAGACUUCAACUAAGCAAGCGUCCACAGACAAAGACACCAGCAGCCCGGAGAGUAACAGUCUGCUGGACCCGUCAGUACUGGGGGACUUCACGACGCAAGCACUCGUACUCACCGUGCUAGCAACGCUCGUCAAGUAUACCACAGAUGAGGACGAGAUAAGAAUACUAUAUCAGUACUUGGCGGAGGGAUCCGUCGUGUUCCCGAAAGUGUUCCCAGUUAUUCACAGUCUACUGGACAUGAAGAUCAACCACGUGUUGAUGCACUGCCACGACCAACUUAUACUGAGCGCCGUACAGAGCAUCAUACAGAAUAUGAUAGCGAGCGAGGACGCGAGCCAACAACAGCUGCACUACAUGCAGAGCUGUGGCUUCGGCGGGCUCUGGAGAUUCGCGGGACCGUUCACUAAGAACCAAUGCACAGCAGAAAGCAGUGAGCUGUUCGUCAACUGCCUGGAAGCGAUGGUGGAGACCUGUCUCCCUGGAGGGGAUGAGGCGCUCACCAGGGCCCCCCCACCGGACCCUGACCAUCCAGACCCCUGCGACCAGCAUCGAUACCCUGAUUUGUUCGCAGGCGUGCACCGGCAGGCCACCCUGUAUUGCGCGCCGCAGGAUACCUAGCAAGAGGAAGACGAGUGAAUGCGGGCCCAGUGUUUACUCGUUCCCAAAAAAUAUGACGUUAUUUGAACCCCAAAUACAAAGGGAAUGUAAAGUACAAGAAACAGGUAACCCCACCAUUACAGAUAGAUUUAUCAAUCGUACAUUUGGUAUCAAUCAUACAUUUGGUAUCAAUCGUACAUUUGGUAUCAAUCAGACGUUUGUUUGUCAAUCUAUCAAUCAAGCAUUAGAUAAUUUAGUGUAAGUUAAAAGUGCCAUAGAAAUAAUGUUUUUUUUUAGUAAUUAAUAUUAAUUGUAGUUUAUAUGAUAUGUUUUUGUAUUAUUUAUUUAUAAUUUUAUGGUAUUUACUUAAAACAGUAUAUUUGUAAUAAUUAUCAUGAGACAUACUAAAUUAAAUGAAAAUCACGGUUUACUCACAUAUAUUAAUGGAGAAAAGCUCUACUAGUUUCGAGUCACAGAGGGACUCUUCAUCAUGAGUAGCGAGCGCAGUCACGCAGCCUACUGUCUCAGUAUAUAUUAUAUAGUAUAUAGGCUACUGGUCAAUCGUUCGUUGUCCUUGUUGAGCGACCAUUGCGGCCUCUGCCGUCAAACUAGUAAAACUUUACUCCAUUAAUAUAUGUGACUAAUCCGUGAUUUUUAGUUAAUACAAGUAUUGUUGAUUGUAAGUCAUAAAAUAACUUGAAAUCUUAUUUAUAACAUUAUAUAAACAUAUUUCAGUAUGUUGAUUACCUCGGUUCGUUUACCCAAACUCAGUUAAUUAGAGUUUUCUAUUUUGCACAUGCUAGGUGACGCUAGUGAUACAUAAGGUCCGAUUACUCAAAUCAGCUUAGCUUUCAUAAGUUGGCUAAUAUUUUUGUGUGUGGGAGAGCCAUGCUUCGGCACUGCUGGGCCGGCUCGACCGGAGUGAUACCACGGCCUCACAGAAAACCGACGUGAAACAACGCUUGCGUUGUGUUUCGUUGUGUGAGUGAGGUUACCGGAGGCCCAAUUUUUUAAAAGCCGGCAACGCACUUGUAACGCCUCUGGUGUUUCAAGUGUCCAUGGGCGGCGGUGAUAGCUUACCAUCAGGUGAUUCGUCGGAUCGUUUACCGGUUCAUAACAUAAAAAAAACAAAUGUUAUAUUAGUCAAUACACCUUAAGGUACACUAGCGCCCUCCAGUUGCGUGAAAAUCUUCAAUUUAGUUCUAUUUAUAUAACGUUCAAUAACUGAAGUAUGUUUAUAUAAAGUGGUUUCGUAAAAAUGCUAUAAUAAGAAAUACGGUAGUUCACUACUAGUCAAAUUCAAUACUUUUAUCGAAAUGUCAAAAACGUUACUUUUCUAUGAAUUUUGUAGGAGAUCGCAACUUAUGACGUCAUAAUUUUUUUGCGUCAAAUAGCAUACUUACUUCUCUAAAAUUAGCUAGAAAAAUUAAAUAAAUAAGUAGGUAUACCGUCAAAAUAAUGAAUUAAAGUACGAUUAUUUUGGGAUAUUUGAUUAUAUUGAAAUAUUAAUUUAUUUUUGACCUAGGAAACUACCCAAUUCUGUUAUAAGUGCUUUAUAUGAAAAAUAUGCAUACAAUCAGCAAUAAAAAUCUAAGUAAUUCGUUUAUGAAUGUUACUGUGUAAUGUGUCGAGGAUUCGAUUCCCGCACGAAACAACUAUGUAUAUUUAUUUGAGCAAAAAUUGUUGUUGAUGUGAUGUGUGUGUGUAAAAUUAUAUGUUUGUAAACGCACCCACGCCACGGGAGAAAAUUCUUUAAUUAUUUAGAGUCAAAUAAAUACAUACUUUAACAUGAUUGAAUUAAGAUUGAAUUUACGUAAACACAUCUAGGACUAUGUUUAAAACAGUUUAUGUCCUAUACUGCCCCACUCAGAAACAUUUAAUGGUUACUUAAACCAGUCCUUAGUAAUUAUUUACUAAUGCAAUACUAAGGACUGGGUUAAGUAACCAUUAAAUGACUCUAAGUACGGCGGAUAGUCAAAGAAAAACAUGCGUUAACACGUUUUUAUUAAGAUUGAAUUUACAAUGAGUGAUAGAUGUGAAACUGUCAUAAUUUAUGCCAAGAAAAGAGCAUUUAAAAAUUAUUUAUUUAUAUUUAGCUCCCAUUAGUUAGUUUUUAAUGUCUACGUAGACAGAAAUAGGCAAUAAUAUGACACAGAUAAAAUACGAUUAAAACCUUUACUAAUACAACCUUACACGGGUUUUGAAUCCAGAACAAUUUUAGAUCAAUAUGAAAAGUCGGAUUUAAAUGACGGGUAUGAAAAAAAAUAAACAUAAUAUAUUAAAAAAUUUUCGAUGUACUAAAAUGUGUAGAAAUUAAUUGAAUAAAGAUAAAAAUUAGGACGCACAAUGUAUAACAUCAAUUUAUUAUAAGUAUAAUUAUAUAUAAUAUAAAAGAAAUAUGUAUAAACUGGGGUCUCGGGUUCGAUUCCGGGUCGGGCAAAGUAUUACUGGGCUUUUUUCGGUUUUUCAAACAUUUCUCAGUAGUAGCACGGAGCCCGGAAUUGUGUCCAGUAUAUGGCAAUAGGCUCACCACCUAUUACAUGGGACUUAUAACACAAAUAGUGAAAAGUUGGUGUACAUUGUAUAGCGGCAUUACGUGCCAUAAUGUGCACCUCUGCCUACCCUAUCGAGGAUAAAAGGCGUGACGAUAUAAUUAUAUAAUAUUAUAAUGCAAUUACCUCAAUAUCCUGGUACUAACUAAUAUACGGUGAAGGAAAAAAUCUUAAAGAAAAGACGUAAGAAUUAAUUGACUGCACGGUUGGCGCGGUGGCUGGGCAACUGGCUGCCGUACAACGUGUAGCGGGUUCGAUUCCCGCACGGAGCAACUGUUUGUGUGAUCCACAAAUUGUUGUUUCGGGUUUGGGUGUCAUGUGUAUGUGAACUUGUAUGUUUGUAAACGCACCUACGACAUAGGAGAAAAUCUUAGUGUAGGGCAAAGUAUAAAAAACAAUCAAACUAGAAGUUUAAAAUCGCCAAUCUGCUUGUAACAAGCAUGGUGAUUAUGAAUGGUCAUUCCUUCUCCGUAUAAGAAGAUUUUACUCAACAGUGGAAAAUAAAUAUAAUUACAUAAACACCCCGAAAUUUAAUGCUGCUCAUGAAUAUGAGUCUCUAGCAUGGCUUGAUACUAGUCGAGUUCCUCGUCAAACAGUUACGUGAGUAAUCCGAUGACAUAAUCACCAAUUUUAUGGUUUUUAUUUUGAGUAAUCGACUUGCCUGUAUUAUGAAUGUGUUGUGAAGUGAAAAGAGUAUGGUAUGUCCUCGGUGACAGUGUAAAACCGUGAAUCUACCAUAGGUAAAGGCCGCGUAUCUGCAUUUGAUCUAAUUUUACAGGGGCAGGUUAAAACUCUUUAAUAUCGUUAUUUUAAGGCGAAAUGGCCUCAUUUUUACAUAGAUAGAUAAUAAAAAAACUGUUUUCUUUGUAUUUUUACAUAAACUCACGACAGCGAGAAGUGUGCCAAUCGGGAUCUUAUGUGGAAUGCCUGCGAAAUUGAAAAUUGGCUACAUUUGUCAGAUACGCGAAAUUAUCCAAUGCUAAAUACGUGGAUUUGCACUAUCCCUACGAUAUGGCAUUCUUUUGUCUCUGCCUACCCCAAUGGGGGAUAGGCGUGACUGUAAUUAUGUGUGUAUAAGUGAUCAUUGGUCGAACUUCUUAAAAAAACAUCUUCAAUUAAUUUUGCUGUUUCUAAAAUUGGAAUUCAAAGAUUUUAAACAGUUUGGGGUAGUGUGCGUGAGUGAAUGAUUUGAAACGCGAAUGAAUGAGUGAAUGUAAACUGAAUAAAUCAGUGAAUGAAUGAGUGCAUGAAUGAAUUGAUUAUAAAAUGUUUGAAUAACAGAUCUAGUAUUUUUUUUCAUUACUUUAAUUAGCUAAACAUGUAAGUAAUAAGAUUUUUUAUGGAGAAACAUUCGUAGCCAUGAAUUGAUGUACAGUAAAUAAGUUCCUAGACGCUUGACGUGGGUAUAAAAUGCACCUGAAAUAUUUCAUGUUUAAUGUAUAUUGAUGUUUUAAUAUUUUUAGGCCUAAUUCUAGAUUUUAAAGUCUUUAAGAUACCUAAUUUUAGUUUUAUAUAUUAAACAAUAGUAGUUUUACCCGACUAUGACUAAUCCUAAACGGAGAGGUUAUAUCUAUUUUUUUACAUAAGGUGUUCUAAAAGUAAUUGCCACGGCUUUAAUGGGAGGUAGUGUUAUGUUUGAAGAUUACAAUAGUGAAGAAAUUUCGUCCCACGGACCAGUUAAUUCGAUUUGAGAAUUUAAAUUAAUUAAAAUGGUUUACAAAUACGUACGAUGCGUUCGAGAAGUGCAUGCGAAGCGGCUGACAGUGAACGAGAUAGCUCUUUCAUAACAAACUAAAAUGUAGACAUUUUUGUAUGAAAGAAAAUUACUUAUAAUCAAUAAUCAAUAAUUUAUAUUUACUAUUGUAAUCUUCAAACACAAUACUACCUCCCAUUAAAGCCAUGGCAGAUACUUUUAGAACGCCUUAUAUAGGUAAUAUCCAUUCUGUACACAUACAUGUGUUACGUACAUAAAUAAAUAAAUUAUGUAUCUUUUCGUGUCUAAUUAUAUUAUGUAUUUGGUUCAAUUUUAAUUAGUAGAAAACAGGAAUUGAGUACUUAAUAUUACGGAACACGGAUGUUUUUAAUUGACUCUGCCUACCCCAGCGUGGUAUAAAAGAGAUUUACUACCGAAUACUGAAAUGCUACUCUAAGUUGUAAUUAAAUAUCGUGCUAUCUCUGUCAUUUACAAAGAAUUUGUAGAGACAGAACUAUAUUUGAGAGCGUCUUAAAAUUGAGUGACGUUUGAGUAUUUGACUUUUACUACUUUAUUUGGAUACUUAUAACUUAAUUAUCACUCCAUUUAUUCUCCGAAGGGGUAGGCAGAGGUGCUACAUAUACUUAUAAACCCUCUUUUCUAUAAUUUCAAUCCUUGAUUUUCUGCUAAAUAAAAUUGGCCUUAUUAUUAUUAUUUAAUUAGACUUAUCUGUUUAAGUAAAACUACAAAAUUUGAAACGUAAUAGUGAGAUUUUUGUGUAAACUACAUUUCAUGUUGAUUGGUAAAAAAGUCAUUGGCAAAUAUAAAAAAAAAACAUACUUAUUAAAAAUAAUUAAAUGUGUUGCUUUUUAAAUUUCUUAGUUAAUCUAUAGCUUUUUUUAAAAGGGGCAGUAAGUUGAAAAAUAUGUUUAAUAUUUUUUAUAACAUACUAGCUUUGCACGCGGUUUCGUUCGCGUUGUCAGUUAAAAACAUUACUUUAAUACAUUAUAAUAUAUGAUAAUACAAUACAUGCCAAAAAUCUUAAUAAUACGAAGUCCUUUACAAAACCUAUUUUAAAUUCUGUAAUAUAAUUAUUAUUUUACUUAUUGCCCUCUUUAUAAAAAGCUAAAGAUUAAAACCUUACGUGUAUGUACUUAUUUUCUACAAAAAAAACAAUUUUAGAGGCAUUUUACAUACUUUUGAUAUGAUUUGACUUUCAAAGAAUUUUAGAUUGGAUCUGACAUUUUAAGCAAAAUGUUUUAUUUAAUGUUUUUGCUAUGAAUUUAGCUCGACAACUGACAUAUUUGUAUAUUAUUCAGUAUUAUUCGUUGUUUUGUAAGACUAGAUUAUGUAUAUUGAUGUAUUUAAUUCAAUAAAUGCUGUAUAUUUCCAUGUGAA